AUGAAACAACACAAUGACAGUGAUGGAUCAAAAGAUUACUCCAAAACGAAAACUGCAGCCAUAGGCUCUGUUAAAGUGGUGACCAGAAAAUCGAAUUAUCGGCUUCUCUCUGUUCCUCGCUCAAUGCGGCUGAUAUAUACCCCGAAUGGUCUCCUAUCGAUGAUGAUGCAAUUGCUUCAAAUAACAGUGCUAUUUUAUAUGGUGAAUUACGAUUCGGGCGAACUGGAAAAGAUUGGUACCCUCAUACUGUGCUUCUCUUUUAUAUCGAAGAAAUUCACGUUACAAACAAAGUACCAACAUUACCGUUGGCGGUUUAAAGAAAGUAACGAAAUAGUUAUCUCCUAUGAACCACUUAGCGAUAACUUUAUACUGGCUUCGAACCUGGUGAGACUAAGAUGUUUUUUUGAUUCCCUCAAAAGAACGAUAGAGGCGCAGAAGGACGAAUUGUGCGAACAGAAUCGGUUUUUACCGUUUAUGUCAGAUGAGGAUUAAUUUUCAUCAAAAGAUAUGACGCACUUGCUGCAGUAGGCAAUGUGGCAUUUAUUACUACAAUCUUGAUUAUUCCACGACAGCUGUUUAAUAUUUAUAGAUAAUGUUUGGCUUUACGAUUCAGGUGUUUCUUGCUUAGCUAAGUAUGAAUUCUGCCACUUUACUUUUUUCUUCUUUAACGACUUCAUUGAUUACAAGGCUCAACUAUAUUUGGAUAUACUAUAGUAUAGGCGCUUGUAAUUUGCAAUGUAUAGAUGGAUACUGUAUACCUUUACAACAGCUUACAUAGAUACACUUGAUUGUCAAUAUUAUCAAUAAUAUUUUCUGAGCAUAUAAAUGAGUAUACAGUGUGAUAUUCUUAGAUAUUAGAGUUAUCAUUAAAAGAGUUUUUAUGAUAGAAACUGAGUGAG